AUGCCUUCGGCACCCUGUCAUCAUCCGACGAGAGCGAUGCCUUCGCACCCCGUCAUCACCUUCGGCACCCUGCCAUCAUCCGACGAGGGCGAUGCCUUCGGCACCCUGUCAUCAUCCGACGAGAGCGAUGCCUUCGGCACCCCGUCAUCACCUUCAGCACCCUGCCAUCAUCCGACGAGAGCGACGCCUUCGGCACCCCGUCAUCAUUCGGCACCAUCGACACUACACUACUUGGAAGAAGACUAA